AUUUAAGUUUACGGUUUUACGUUUCUCAAUACAAUACAGGGCUUGGAGUGUUUAUUUUAUUUUUAUAGUAGGUAUAGGUACUACUAAGAUAAUGGCUCGAAAAAAAAUUGUGCCUCUCUAAUCAUUAUCCUACGGACUUUUAUCAGUUUUUCCGCGAUUCGUGUAAAUAAGUAAUGGCGUUUAUUGUUGUAUAUAUAGCAGUGAAUCAAUUAGUGUGUGAUCAGUUCGAAAAACCUUGUGCUACUUUUGAUAUUCUAACCUGUACCUACAUUCCAUAUAGAUGAGUUCUCAAAAUUUAACAGUUCGCGAUUUGGCGGGCGACUUGGAAAAUUGGAUGUCUCUGUUACCGCCGCAGCUAAGGCAAACGUCAAUUAUUAAUAUAGCUAUUCCAGGUUCUCAUGACAGUUUCACCACGCAAAUCACCCCACACUCCGAUAUUGCACCUGACGCCGAACAAAUCUUAAAAGAUCUCAUAGUUCUUGGACCAAUAGUCAAAGAUGUUAUUGCCAGAUGGUCCGUCACUCAAACCUACAUGGGAGAAGACCAACUAAAAAGAGGAAUACGAUAUUUCGAUAUCAGGUCAGCUACGAAAAAUGGAACGGACGAUCUCUAUAUCUGCCAUUCCCUGUAUUCUGCUCCAGUACAGUCUUGUUUGGACGAGAUUAAUACGUUUUUGAACAGUCAUCCUCAAGAAGUAGUGUUUUUGGACUUUCAACAUUUCUAUGGAUUUGAUCAAAUUAUUCACAAUCGGUACAUUCAAUCUAUAAAAAAUACAUUUAGUAGUAAAAUAGCUCCAAAUAGUUUGAACCUAGCAGCUGCCACCUUGGAAUCCUUAACAAAAUCGGGAUAUCAAGUUUUUGUAAUUUAUAGGAUAAACGGAACAUCUUUUUGGCCUUCGGCUACAUUCCCUAAUCCAUGGCCGAACACUGUAUCAAAACCAAACCUAAUAGAAUCAUUAGAUAAUGGACUAGUUAGAAGAAAAACCAACAUUCCCUUUAUAUCACAAUGCGUGUUAACACCAGAUGCCAAAUACAUCAUAGAAAAUGUCUUUAGUACUCUGAAAGAAAAGUGUGCUGCGGAACUAGAAAAUGACAGAUCGAACUGGAUAGAAAACCAGAGAGCAGGAUCAGGUGGUCUUAAUAUAAUAAUCGCCGACUUUAUUGACUUAUCCGAUAACAGAUAUGUUAGAGAUGUGAUAAACGUGAACCAAAAGUUAUUUUUAAAUAAAUAUUAAAUAUUUUGUACUAUUUAUAUUAUGUAAUUAUUGUUAAUAAAAUUUAUUUUUCUUAAGAUCCGAUA